GACACGCUCCUCGGCCCGCGACUACUUUGUGUGACCAGGCGGCGCGCUUAGUCCUCCAGCGAGCUGUGUGAGCAGGUCAGCUCUGAGCUGGCUCUUCGGCCCACUGCUCUGCAUCGCGGGCGCCAGGAAUUCCCCGAGUCCGAGCGGGUUAUUGCUUUCACUACGAGGACAGCAAUGACAUUUUUCAUUCAAGACAAAGUGCUCUAUUGCCUUUCUUGAUUAACUGAACAAACUCAGAAUUAGUAAUACCUGGAUUCCAGUCCUUAACUUCACUAGUGACUAAUUCAUACAGAGUCCAUGAAGCACAGGACAAUAAAACUACCUACUCAUACCAACAGGAAGAUUUCUUCGAAAGAUUUGUCAGACCGCUACCUGAAAGAAUAAUCUAUCUGAAGAAUCAUGUGUUGAAAACAACGGAAGGCUACUACUUCUGCACAAGACAGAAACAGACUUACCAUGUUUUCAAUUCUUUGAACUUCAUUAAAUCAGGGGAGAGUUGAAAAUCUGAAAAUGCGGCCAUGGACUGGUUCCUGGCGUUGGAUUAUGCUCAUUCUUUUUGCCUGGGGGACCUUACUAUUUUACAUAGGUGGUCAUUUGGUACGAGAUAAUGACCACCCUGAUCACUCUAGCAGAGAGCUUUCCAAGAUUCUGGCAAAACUUGAACGCUUAAAACAGCAAAAUGAAGACCUAAGGAGAAUGGCAGAAUCUCUCCGUGCCAGGGAUCGAGCCCAGGACCUCACACAUGCAAGAAUACCAGAAGGCCCCAUUGAUCAGGGGCCGGCUUCAGGAAGAGUUCGUGCUUUAGAAGAACAGCUUGUGAAGGCCAAAGAACAGAUUGAAAAUUAUAAGAAACAAACUGGAAAUGGUCUGGGGAAGGAUCAUGAAAUCCUAAGGCGGAGGAUUGAAAAUGGAGCUAAAGAGCUCUGGUUUUUUUUACAAAGUGAAUUGAAGAAAUUAAAAAACUUAGAAGGAAAUGAACUCCAAAGACAUGCAGAUGAAUUUCUGUCAGAUUUGGGACAUCAUGAAAGAUCUAUAAUGACGGAUCUAUACUACCUCAGUCAAACAGAUGGAGCAGGUGAUUGGAGAGAAAAAGAGGCCAAAGACCUGACAGAGCUGGUCCAGCGGAGAAUAACGUAUCUUCAGAAUCCUAAGGACUGCAGCAAAGCAAAAAAGCUAGUAUGUAAUAUCAACAAAGGCUGUGGCUAUGGCUGUCAACUCCAUCAUGUCGUCUACUGCUUCAUGAUUGCCUAUGGCACACAGCGAACACUCAUCUUGGAAUCUCAGAAUUGGCGCUAUGCUACUGGUGGAUGGGAAACUGUGUUUAGACCUGUAAGUGAGACCUGCACAGACAGAUCUGGCAGCUCUGCUGGACACUGGUCAGGUGAAGUAAAGGACAAAAAUGUUCAGGUGGUCGAACUCCCCAUUGUAGACAGUCUUCAUCCUCGUCCUCCGUAUUUACCUCUGGCUGUACCAGAAGACCUUGCAGAUCGACUUGUGAGAGUCCAUGGUGACCCUGCAGUGUGGUGGGUGUCCCAAUUUGUCAAAUACUUGAUUCGUCCACAACCCUGGCUGGAAAAAGAGAUAGAAGAAGCCACCAAGAAACUUGGCUUCAAACAUCCAGUUAUUGGAGUCCAUGUCAGACGGACAGACAAAGUGGGAACAGAAGCAGCUUUUCAUCCCAUUGAAGAAUACAUGGUACAUGUUGAAGAACAUUUUCAGCUUCUUGCUCGCAGAAUGCAAGUGGAUAAAAAAAGAAUAUAUUUGGCCACAGAUGACCCUUCUUUAUUAAAGGAGGCAAAAACAAAGUACCCCAAUUAUGAAUUUAUCAGUGAUAACUCUAUCUCUUGGUCAGCGGGACUACAUAACCGAUACACAGAAAAUUCACUUCGGGGAGUGAUCCUCGAUAUACACUUUCUCUCCCAGGCUGACUUCCUAGUGUGUACUUUUUCAUCCCAGGUCUGUAGAGUUGCCUAUGAAAUCAUGCAAACAUUGCAUCCUGAUGCUUCUGCAAACUUCCAUUCUUUGGAUGAUAUCUACUAUUUUGGGGGUCAAAAUGCCCACAACCAGAUUGCCAUUUAUCCUCACCAACCUCGAACUCUAGACGAGAUUCCCAUGGAACCUGGAGAUGUCAUUGGUGUGGCAGGAAAUCAUUGGGAUGGCUAUUCUAAAGGUGUGAACAGAAAACUGGGAAGGACUGGCCUCUACCCCUCCUACAAAGUCCGAGAGAAGAUAGAAACAGUCAAGUACCCCACAUAUCCUGAGGCUGAGAAAUAAAGCUAAGAUGGAAAAGCAACUCCGUUCAAAUCAUUUGAGCCAAGCUGUUUAUGAAGGAAAGUCCUGACCAUACAAAUCAUGGUUACAUGCAUAGACACCUUUAGCACAGGAACAACUGGGAACAGAUGCUUCAUUAGUGGAAUUCCUCUUUAACAAGGGCUGUGGAGCCCCAAUCCAUGCACAGUUGGAUAAUGUACUCACAUAUAACAUGCAAGCAGGUUGUUUCUAUUUCCCCCUUCUUUCAAAAUUAUAUCCCCAUGAAACAAACACUGCCACAUUAUGUUAUUUAAGUAACAGACAUUUUUUGUGUGAGACUUCAAACAUGGUGCCUAUACCUGAAAGACCUACGUUACCUAAUAAGAAGACCUGAACUCCCUACCCUGUGGAAGUUGAUUCUUACCCAGUGGUGGUAUUAUAACCACUGCAUUCAAUUCAACAGAUUCAGAAUGAGAAUGGAUGUUUUUGUCUGGAUUUUUUUUUCUAAGUAAUUGCCUAAGUUCAUCCACCUCAUCAUUAAUAAGUAAAAGAUACAUCAAAAAAUAAAAUAUUCACUCUCCAUUAAGAACUUUUAUAAAAUAAUGCCAUGAACAGAUUCUUUAGUAAUUAAUGUUUCUGGACAUUCUUUGAUAACAAAAAAUAAAUUUUAAAAAGAGGAAUUUUGUAAAGUUUCUAGAAUUUUCCAUUGCACGAUACGGUAGUCAGCUUUAUGGUGACUAUGGGAAAAAAACUGAUAAAAAUAAUAGUUUUAUAGUCUUUCUGGUUUACAUUUUUUGUUUAUGAUUAAGGAGCUAAUCCAGUCUUAGUUCAGAGAGUCAUUGGUCCGUUUUAAUACUGAACCUGAGUUUAGUUGCUGCACAUAACAAAAUUGCUAAGAACAUUCUGGGAGCUUUAGGUUCAUUUUGAACAGUUUAUUUAAUCAUUCUUAUCCCCCCCAGAACUUCAUUUCCAAAACUCAAGAUUUCAGGCUUUUGAUGACCUUUCAUAUUGCUGCCACUUAAACUUUUGUGACCUGGGUGCUGUCAUUUAUCCACAAAUCAUUCUUCACUCCUUUUUUAGCAUGUCUUAAAUUUAAGAGUAUCAGAAACUUUUAAAGGCAGGAAUUACAUGCCUCACAAUGUAUAGAAUUUGGGAAUGAGAGGGACCAGUGUGGACUUGGGAUUAUGUAGAAAACAGAUGUGAGGUUGUCUCUUUCAGCUACUUUUAGUAACCCCAUGUUAGUAUUACUUCAGAAGAUAAAGCUAACACUCUUCAUGGUCUCUCUUUUUCCUCCAUGUAAAAGCACUUACUGUUUUCUAUAGGCUUACUCAUUUGGAUAUCUGGAAACUGGAUCUCAUACAUUUAUUCUACCUUCUAAAAGAAAAAAAAUAGGCGUAUGUAAGAACCAGUAGCAGUCCUGCUGUAGAAAAUCAGGAAUCCAGGCAAUGGCUGUAAGGCACAUCCUCACUAAAUGGAAAUACCUGUAUUCAAAGCCACCAAGUUUCCCCAGAUUCUUUCCUUCUAAUGAAGGAAAGAGCAAAUAUUAUUUCCUUUAGUGUGAAAAGUUUUCAGUGUAGUUUGGUAUAAAUAAGACAUUUGAAACAAAAAUCUGCAACUGAGCAGUUACAUUUGAAUAUGUGUUAUAGUCAAAACCUGACUAAUAAUUGUGAGUCUAAUUUUUCCCCUUAUAAGAGAGCCUAAGUAAAUCAGUUACAUUUCAUUCAGUAGUUCUAAGUUCCAGGGUCCAAAGAACAGAAAGAUAAGGGAAAAGGAGUGUCUUCAAAUGGAGGCAGACUUAAUUUUUAAUGUUUUACCUUACAGUUCUAGAAUUUCCUUUUAGUUAUAUAUUAUGUUUCUCUGUUUAGAUUUUUUUAUUUUAUACACAUUUUCUUUUACUUUCAUUGUGUUUUCUAGAAAACGUGUCCCUUUUCUUUGAUCAUUACUCUGUUGAGUAAUUUUAGAUGUAUUUACAACAUUUAAGACAUUUAGAUGUUGUAAAUGUUUGUGUUUUGAAUUCUAUUAUGUUACUCCGAAAAGUGAUGGUCUUUGAUGAUUUUAUUAUCUAGAGGGUGAGAGGGCCAUACCCAACAGUGCUCAGGGAUCAUUCCUGGUAGUGCUCAGGGGACAAUAUGUGAUACUUGGGGUCAAACUAGGGUUAGCUACAUGCAAGACAAGCACCUUAACCCCUGUAGCAUCUCUCUGGCUAGUAUUUAUUUUAGCAGGCAUUUAACUUCAUUAAAUCCAACUGUAAACUGUUGGCAGCAACCCAAAUCUCAAUUCAGUUAUUUUAACUUUACCUGGAGUUUGUUAUACACAUGUAGUAUUUAGGACCAACCAGAAAAUGUGUAAUUCUUUUCCUACAGAGUUUGCUCAGUUUCUAGCAGCUGUAACUGCUCCAGUUCUUCAACCACAAAAGCUGUUUUUGUAUCAGUGCAAAAGUCAUAAAAAUGGGAAACUUA